UCGAACUGGUUCUUCAUCUACGAUUCACGUGCCUGUGCCUCUGUAUUCGUAUCGCGGAUAACUUCUACGCUUCACAGACUAGUCCUUCAUUUCUCCAGUUCUCCUCCUCUCCCUCGCAAGUUAUUUGAUCAUCUGAUCCUUCAAUCUCUUUGUUUUCUCGUCAGCAGAUUCUAAUCGCGUAUAUCAUCGGAUGUUCGAAUAACGAUAUCAGUCGUCUUUGUUUUUUCUUCGUUUUAAUGAUAACAAUUAAUUAGGUUUCAUCCGUUAAUGACGAAUUCCAAGUCCUCUGACGAAGAUUCUGUUCUUGCAAAUUCAAGAAAGGGUUUCUUUUCAAAAAUCAAUCUCCAAAGCUUAUCUGGUAAGUAUAACUCAAACACCCUUUGAAUUCUCAUAAACGGAUAUCCAAUUUCUUUUCUUUUCCUUUUGCAAAGUAAGUUAUGAGUUUGUCCGAUUUGGAAAAUGGUUUCUUCCCUGAGGAAGUGGUUCUUCAAAUCCUUGCUAGAUUGCCAAUCAAAUCCCUAUUUAGAUGCAAAUCCGUUUGUAAGCUUUGGUAUAGAUUACCUUCUAACAAGUAUUUCAUUCAACUCUAUAACGAAGUAUCAUCUAAGAAUCCAAUGGUCUUAGUUGAGCUCAUAAAAUCCUUUUAUGUCAAAUCCAGUUUUAUCUGUGUAGACAGACUCAGAGGUGUUUCUGAGUUCUCUCUGGAUUUCUUGAAUGAUAGAGUGAAAGUCAGAGCUUCUUGUAAUGGCUUGCUAUGUUGUGCUAGCGUGCCAAACAAGGGUGUUUAUUAUGUUUGUAAUCCACUGACCCGGGAAUUCAAGUUGCUACCCAGGACUAGAGAAAGGCCGAUGACUCGAUUUCAUCCUGAUGAUGAGGCUACCCUUGUUGGAUUAGCGUUCAAUGUAUCUAAUCAGAAAUUUAAUGUUGUUUUAGCGGGGUUUUACCGGCCAUUUGGACAUAGGCCACUUGAUUCUUUCGUUUGCGUGGUUUUUGAUUCGGAAACCAAUACUUGGAGGAAGUCUAUCUCGUCUCGAAGCGAUGAAUUUACACAUAUGAACAGGAAUCAAGUUGUGUUCGCCAAUGGGUCAUUGCACUGGUUGACAUACAGUUGUUUGUAUAUCCUUGUGUUUGAUUUGGAUAAUGAGGUUUGGAGGAAGAUUUCACUGCCAGGUGAGGUAAUUGCUCGGUCUGGAAACAGGGUUCAUUUGUUGGAGUUGGAUGGAUCUGUGUCCAUAAUUCAGAUUUCAGAGGCUUGGAUGAAUAUAUGGGCGUUGAAGAAUUAUGAAAGAGAGGAAUGGUGUACAGUGGACAAAGUGAGCCUUAGGUGUAUUAGAGGACUUGUCCCAAGUGUUUUCCCCAUAAGUCAGACUAGCGAAUUUGUGUUCUUAGCAACCCAAAGACAGAUCUUGGUGUACCAUCGGAAUAGUCGAGUUUGGAAGGAGAUGUAUUCUGUGAAGAACACUUUCUCCUACCCUUUGUGGUUCUCUGCACAUGCUUUUCGAAGCACACUUUUCUCUUGUCAUCAAGGCCUGGAUUAUUCUUGAGAAGUUUGUUUUAGCUUUGUUUGGAAGACAUUGUAAAUAGCUUUUGUGACCAAUACUGUAAAUUUCAAUAUUUAUGCUUCUUGAUCUUUUCCACUAAUGUUUAUGAGGUUUAUGACCUUUUGAUAUUUACCUUUUUUCUUGGAUCUUUUCUUUGAUAAUGAUAACCAAACACUACAAUUUAAAGUAUUCACUUCUGUA